AUGGCAAAUAAUUAUGUCACUACAUCCGAUGGGUUCUAUCUGUCUGAACCAGUGCAGUGCUAUGAUAUUUUGCCAGAACAAAUCAAUUAUCAGCUACACGACACUGAUUUUCAAGAAUCACCUUAUUGCCAGUAUUCUACUGCUCAGUUUCCUCCAGCUUUACAGUCCCAAUCUAUACAAAGUCAUUUCAACACAUAUAGCUUGGAUCCACAGUACAGUGGUAGUGGACAGUGUGGACUUGGUUCCUGUGAAUUAAAUAGACCUACUUAUGUGGUUGCUCAAGAUGCUGAAGAUGGAUACCCUGGAAUAAAAAGGUCCAGACCAACUUAUUCUUCCUUGCGAAUUAAGGAACAGGAAGAACUCUGUGUAGUUUGCGGUGAUAAAGCGUCAGGAUAUCAUUAUAAUGCACUUACUUGUGAAGGUUGCAAAGGUUUUUUUCGACGUAGCAUCACCAAAAAUGCAGUAUAUAGUUGCAAGAAUGGUGGCGGCUGUGAAAUGGACAUGUACAUGCGUAGAAAAUGUCAAGAGUGCAGACUAAAAAAGUGUAAAGCAGUAGGAAUGUUGGCAGAAUGUUUGCUCACAGAAAUCCAAUGUAAAUCAAAGAGACUUCGAAAGAACUUUAAGCAGAAGAAUAGUUUUUACUCUAACAUCAAAGUGGGAGAGGAAGGAAUAGACAACAAACUUGUAUCAUCAUCCACCACUAGAUCUGGAAAAGUGAUUCAGGACAAUAUGGAACUAACUCAAGAGGAACAUCAGUUCAUUAAUAACAUUGUGGCUGCUCAUCAAAAAUAUACCAUUCCUUUAGAGGAAACAAAGAAUUUUUUGCAGGAAUAUGCAAAUCCUGAACUGAGCUUUUUGAGACUCUCAGAGACAGCAGUCUUACAUGUACACGGGCUAAUGGAGUUUUCCAAGGGCCUCCCAGGAUUUGAAAGUUUGACCAGUGAGGAUCAGGCUGCAUUACAGAAGGAAUCAAAAACUGAAGUGAUGUUCCUUCAUGGGGCUCAACUUUACAGUCAGAAGGAAUCAGCCUCUGAAAGUAUUACUGAAGAAUUUAUUACUGCACUCUUUUACUUCUACAAAAGAAUGAGUGAACUUAAUAUUACUAAUACUGAAUAUGCUCUGCUUGCUGCAACAACCGUGCUUUUUUCAGAUCGUCCAUGCCUUAAAAAUAAGCAACAUGUGGAAAAUUUACAGGAACCAGUUUUACAAAUUUUGUAUAAAUAUUCAAAAAUUUAUCAUCCAGAAGACCUACAGCAUUUUGCUCACCUCAUAGGGAGGAUUACUGAACUGAGAACUCUGAAUCACAACCAUUCAGAAAUACUUAGCACCUGGAAAACAAAGGACCCCAAAUUGACUACUUUACUCUCUGAGAAAUGGAAUUUGUAUUCACGUUGCUAA